ACCAAACAACUCACAGAAUCACAGGAUGUGCCUUCUUUUUCCCCAUCAUUCCAUAUAUGAUGAAGAGGUUGGAAGACUAUUCCUCCUUCGAAUCCGUCAAUCAAUGCCUACAUUAAUGCCCGUUGCCUUGGAAGGACUCGUCAUUGACAAGCCACCACACACUCAGCCACAGGCACCACCAAGAACCACUUGAUAAAUAUUUGCUAAAUAUUGCCAUGUUGCUUCCUUGCAUGGAUUUUGGGAAGUAUUCUAUUUGGUUGUGCUCAUUUUGUCUGGCCUUAUAAUCUUAUAAUUGGCAUUGUUGUGUUGGUUUCGGAGAACCUUAGCUUGCUCCGAUGGGCGAUGCAUCCUAUGUUUCAGCUUUGUUGCUUCCGAUAAUGGUUUGAUGGGAGAUAUGGGUUGGGGUUGUAGAUUUUUCUGGACUGUGUGUGGCUUAUCGGUGGAAGUGAUUCUUUAGAUUUCUUGGGGUUAUAUAAAUGUAAAUGCGAGAUUGAUUUUGUGUUUGAGGUUUGUUGUUAGUGAGAAGGAGCUGUUGGAGAGUUUGUUGGGGUGAUGGAGAAGCUAUUGUUUGAUUCGAAGUUGGGGGUGGUGUUCUUAGGGACGACAUGCUCAAAACCGCCGAUCGGUCAGAGGAGCGGCCGAAGAUUCUCGCGACAAGUGUGUUCCUGUCGAGAGAUAGGCUUCCGGAUGAAGGUUUCCUAUUCAAUUUCUAGAUCAUCAAGUGAAGAUAUUGACUCCACAGCCCGUGGAAAAUUUUUAAAAAGCGAUUCUUCGAUUAUAAAUGGAUCCGAGGUCGCAGCUUGUUUGUGGCCACCUGCCAGAGGGAAUUAUAUACUUGAUGCUUAUGAAGAUGAGUAUGGAGGAAUCAUCAUCAAAUCAGAGAGCUUGCCUUGGAAUGCAAAUGACUUUGCUUCUUCCCUGCGAGCAUCUCUUUCCCAGUGGAAAGUUGAGGGAAAGAAAGGGGUAUGGCUAAAGUUGCCACUUGAUCACUCUGAGUUUGUCCCUAUUGCAGUUAAGGAAGGAUUCAAGUACCACCAUGCAGAGCCAAAGCAUGUAAUGCUAACAUAUUGGAUUCCUGAAGGACCAUGCCUGCUUCCUGCCAAUGCAUCACAUCAAGUUGGGGUGGGGGGUUUUGUAAUGAAUGAUAAAAAUGAGGUGCUUGUGGUGCAAGAGAAGUAUUGUGCUUCAACAUUUGCAGGUCUCUGGAAAUUACCCACAGGAUUCAUUCUUGAGUCUGAGGAGAUCUUUUCUGGAGCUGUAAGAGAGGUCAAGGAGGAAACUGGAAUUGAUACAGAAUUUGUGGAAGUGAUAGCUUUUAGGCAUGCACACCAUGUGGCAUUUGGAAAAUCAGACCUCUUUUUCAUCUGCAUGCUGAGACCUUUGUCAAGUCAGAUUAAGAUAGAUGAGCUGGAAGUACAAGCAGCUAAGUGGAUGCCUCUCUCUGAAUUUGUGGAGCAACCAAGCAUUCAAGAUGACAACAUGUUCAAGAAAAUCAUCGACAUUUGCAUCGCACGGCUUGGUAAGCGUUAUUGUGGAUUAGCUUCUCACCAGAUGAUCUCAAAAUUUGACGGGAGAUCAUCUUCAUUGUACUAUAAUGUGGUGGAGCCUCAGGAUUUCAAUUGCCAGGGAACUUGAAAGGCAUGAAUUUUCGACUUUGUUGAUGCUAGUUUGCUCUAACUUGUACCCAUGUAUGGAGUAAGCUGGGCCGAAGCCGACCAAAUCAAAAUCCCGUAGCUCUUUGCCUGACUAGUAGCAUUGGUGUUCAACCCCAGAAGUAGUGCAAUUUGGGGUCUCUGUGUACAUACGUAUAUGAAUGAUAUAAUAAAAUAAACUCUUCUACUCAA